CGCGUCGAAACUUUUUCUUUUUCUUCUUGUUUGUGAACAAAUUUAAAAAAUGUCUCUUCAUCCUACUGUGCUUUGGGCCGAAAGAAAUGACUUGCUCUACUUGACUGUUGAUCUCUCAGACAUUAAAGACCAAAAAGUUGAUUUGACAGAGACCAAGUUGUCAUUCAAAGCCAAAGGUGGUGUAGAACAAAAGGAGUAUGCAUUUGAUAUUGAAUUUUUAAAGCCUGUUAAGGUUGAGGAUGCAAAGCAACAUCUGACUCCACGCAACUUAUUUUUGGUUAUCUACAAGAAAGAGGAAGGAUAUUGGAAUAAGAUCUCAAAGGAUCGCCUUCGCUUUGUUCAAACAGAUUUCCAACGAUGGAAAGAUGAGGAUGAUGAAGAAGAGGAUAUGGGUGACCCAAUGGGUGGAUUAGACUUUCAAAGUUUAAUGGCUCAGGCUGGUUCAAGUGGAGGAUUACCAAAUAUGGAUGAUUUGCCUGAAGGAGAUGACAGCGAUGAUGAAUUUGAAGAAGAUGAACAAAAGGAAGUGCAAGAAGAAAAGAAGGAUUAAACUGAGUUUUUAUUCGUCUAACUAUAAGACUAAUGAAUAAAAAAUAAUGUAUCACUCGCUUUAUACUCACCGAGGUGUUAAGGAAUGCAUUGCCGCUAUGGACAGCGCAUUAAAUCCAAGAACACCGUUAGUCUUUUGAAGGUCUUUUGGAGGGGGGAGGAUUUUCAUUGUCAUGUUUUGAUUUGUAAACAAAGAUACCAUAUAUGUUUAAUACACUGUUCAC